UCCACCCGUUGUGAGAAGCGGAUCGUUCGAGAGUUGGGAUUUUCUCUUUGGGGCUAUCAUUUCAUCCUUCCGACACGAAUAUAUCUCUAUAGCCAUCAGUUUUGUGAAGUCCCGUCGAUGCUGUCAUCUUGAGUUUGAUGAUUUUUCUCGACGUGGUUUGACGCGACUUUGCUCCAUUAUCAGAGUCGGCUUAAGUCGGAAGCGUCUUUCUUUCAUUAAUCGCCAUCACCAUGGCGUCGUUGCCUCCUCCCCCUCCCCCGGAUGGGGUGCAGCCCCUCCUUCCAUGCCUUUGGCGCCGCCGCCGCCAGGGUACCAGCCCCCAGCAGAUCCGAAUGUCGCAAAGUUUGCUCAGAAGAAGAACGAAUGGCUGCGGACGCAGCGCAAUCGGUUUGGAGAGAAACGGAAAGGCGGGUUCGUUGAGACACACAAGGCAGACAUGCCUCCGGAGCACUUGCGGAAGAUUGUCAGAGAUAUCGGCGACGUAUCACAGAAGAAGUUCAGCAAUGAGAAGCGCAGCUAUCUCGGCGCGCUGAAGUUCAUGCCUCACGCCGUGCUGAAGCUGCUGGAGAACAUGCCCAUGCCUUGGGAAUCGGCUCGUGAGGUCAAGGUGCUGUACCAUGUGAAUGGUUGCCUUACGCUCGUGAACGAGACCCCGAGGGUCAUCGAACCGGUUUUCCAUGCGCAGUGGGCUACCAUGUGGGUGUGUAUGCGGCGAGAGAAGAGCGACCGCAGACAUUUCAAGCGGAUGCGCUUUCCCCCUUUCGAUGACGAGGAACCUCCCCUAUCGUGGUCGGAGAAUAUCGAAGACGUUGAGCCCUUGGAGCCGGUCCAGAUGGAGCUCGACGAAUCCGAAGAUGCCCCCGUGUACGAGUGGUUCUACGAUCAGCGGCCGCUACUUGAUACCCCUCAUGUCAAUGGACCAAGCUAUAAGAGUUGGAAUUUGACCCUUCCGCAGAUGGCAACUCUCUACCGGUUAAGUCAUCAGUUACUCAGUGAUGUGGUUGACCAGAAUUACUUUCACAUGUUUGACCUCAACAGUUUCCUUACGGCAAAGGCCUUGAAUGUUGCCAUCCCCGGUGGCCCACGCUUUGAGCCUUUGUACAAGGACAUCGACCCCAAUGACGAGGAUUUCAGUGAAUUCAAUGCGAUCGACCGCAUCAUCUUCCGAGCACCCAUCCGGACGGAGUACAGAGUCGCUUUCCCUUUCUUAUAUAACACCCUACCGAGAAGCGUGAAAGUUUCCUGGUAUUCUCAUCCUCAAGUCGUUUACGUCCGAACCGACACUAACCUUCCUGCUUUCUACUUCGACCCUGUCAUCAAUCCCAUCUCGUCGCGCUCUGUCGCCCCCAAGAAUAUUACAGUCAGUCAUGAGGAUGAGAUCUUUGGACCCGGAAACAAUGAGGACGAACUUUUUGAACUCCCACCGGAGGUGAAACCCUUCUUCGCUGACGAGGAACUGUACACACCUGAUACUGCCUCAGCGAUCGCCCUGUGGUGGGCUCCUCAUCCGUUCAAUAAGAGAUCAGGGAAGAUGGUGCGCGCGCAGGACGUGCCACUCGUCAAGCAGUGGUACCUGGAGCAUUGCCCCCAGGGCCAGCCCGUGAAGGUCCGAGUCUCGUAUCAGAAGCUUCUCAAGACGUAUGUGCUCAAUGAGUUGCACAAGAAGAAGCCUAAGGCCCAGAACAAGCAGAAUCUGUUGAAGACUCUGAAAUCUACCAAGUUCUUCCAGCAGACGACAAUCGACUGGGUUGAAGCUGGUCUCCAGGUUUGCCGCCAGGGUUUCAACAUGCUCAACCUCUUGAUUCACCGAAAGAACCUGACCUAUCUGCAUCUCGACUACAACUUCAACUUGAAGCCAGUUAAGACACUGACCACUAAGGAGCGAAAGAAGUCCCGCUUCGGUAACGCUUUUCACUUGAUGCGUGAAAUUCUGCGCCUUACAAAGUUAAUUGUCGAUGCGCAAGUUCAAUACCGUCUGGGUAACAUCGAUGCUUUUCAAUUGGCCGAUGGCAUUCUGUACGCUUUCAACCAUGUUGGCCAGUUGACCGGUAUGUACCGUUACAAGUACAAGUUGAUGCAUCAAAUCCGUUCCUGCAAGGACCUGAAGCAUUUGAUCUACUACCGGUUCAACUCUGGCCCUGUGGGUAAAGGUCCUGGUUGCGGUUUCUGGGCCCCUGCCUGGCGCGUUUGGCUGUUCUUCAUGCGCGGUAUCAUUCCUCUUCUUGAGAGAUGGCUUGGAAACUUGCUUUCUCGUCAGUUUGAGGGUCGUCAUAGUAAGGGCGUUGCCAAGACCGUCACCAAGCAGCGUGUCGAGUCGCACUUCGACCUUGAACUGCGAGCCUCCGUCAUGGCAGAUCUGAUGGACAUGAUGCCUGAAGGUAUCAAACAGAACAAAGUCAACACAGUUCUGCAACAUCUCUCUGAAGCAUGGCGAUGCUGGAAGAGUAAUAUUCCCUGGAAGGUGCCGGGGCUUCCAGCACCUAUCGAGAAUAUUAUUUUGCGAUAUGUGAAGAGCAAGGCCGAUUGGUGGAUAUCUGUCGCACACUAUAAUCGUGAACGUAUCCGCCGCGGUGCCACCGUGGAUAAGACUGUUGCCAAGAAGAAUCUUGGUCGACUGACUCGACUUUGGCUCAAGGCUGAGCAGGAGAGACAGCACAAUUACUUGAAGGACGGUCCUUAUGUAUCUUCGGAAGAAGCGGUGGCGAUUUACACAACCAUGGUGCACUGGCUCGAGUCUCGCAAGUUCUCACCCAUUCCAUUCCCGAGUGUCUCAUACAAGCAUGACACCAAGAUUCUUAUUCUUGCUCUCGAACGCCUCCGCGAGGCCUACUCUGUGAAGGGUAGAUUGAACCAGAGUCAGCGAGAAGAACUUGCUCUCAUUGAACAGGCAUACGACUCUCCUGGAACCACGCUGGCCCGAAUCAAGAGAUUCCUGCUCACGCAGAGAGCGUUCAAGGAGGUUGGAAUCGAUAUGAACGACAAUUACAACAAUAUCAACCCUGUCUAUGAUGUCGAGCCGAUCGAGAAGAUCACGGACGCCUACCUGGACCAGUACCUUUGGUAUCAGGCAGAGCAGCGCCAUCUCUUCCCAGCUUGGAUCAAACCUUCGGAUUCUGAAGUCCCUCCGCUGCUGACCUACAAGUGGGCCCAGGGAAUCAAUAAUUUGUCCAACGUCUGGGAAACUGCCGAUGGCGAGACGAAUGUCAUGAUCGAAACGGAGUUAUCCAAGGUCUAUGAGAAGAUUGAUCUUACUCUCUUGAAUCGUUUGCUACGUUUGAUCAUGGAUCACAACUUGGCUGACUACAUUACUUCGAAGAACAAUGUGCAGCUGAGCUACAAGGAUAUGAACCAUACCAACAGCUACGGAUUGAUCAGGGGUCUGCAGUUCUCCGGCUUCGUCUUCCAGUAUUAUGGUCUUAUGAUCGAUCUGCUGCUUCUUGGAUUGCAAAGAGCCAGUGAGAUGGCAGGUCCGCCGCAAAGUCCCAACGACUUCUUGCAAUUCAGAGACCGUGCCACAGAGACGAGACAUCCCAUUCGUUUGUACACUCGCUACGUCGACAAAAUCUGGGUCUUCUUCAGAUUCACCGCCGACGAGUCCAGGGAUCUUAUCCAGCGCUUCCUUACGGAGAAUCCUGAUCCCAAUUUCGAGAACGUCAUUGGAUAUAAGAACAAGAAGUGCUGGCCGCGUGAUUGCCGUAUGCGUCUCAUGCGACACGAUGUUAACCUUGGUCGCGCUGCAUUCUGGGACUUGAAGAACCGUCUGCCACGGUCAAUUACGACGAUUGAAUGGGAUGAUACCUUUGCUAGCGUGUACAGCAAGGACAACCCGAACCUGCUGUUCUCGAUGUGUGGAUUUGAGGUCCGUAUUCUGCCAAAGAUUCGCAAUCAGAAUGAGGAGUUCUCGGUCAAGGACAGUGUGUGGUCUCUAGUAGACAACACUACCAAGGAACGCACAGCCCAUGCUUUCUUGCAAGUAACGGAGGAGGACAUUCAGAAAUUCAACAACCGAAUCCGUCAAAUCCUCAUGUCCUCAGGCUCAACCACUUUCACCAAGAUCGCCAACAAGUGGAACACCGCUCUCAUUGCGCUCUUCACGUACUACCGUGAAGCUGCUGUCUCCACCGUCAACCUCCUGGACACGAUUGUCAAAUGUGAGACCAAGAUUCAGACUCGCGUUAAGAUUGGUCUGAACUCCAAGAUGCCCUCGCGUUUCCCUCCUGCGGUCUUCUACACGCCAAAGGAAUUAGGUGGCCUGGGCAUGAUUUCGGGUUCUCAUAUUUUGAUUCCCGCCAGUGACAAGCGGUGGUCGAAGCAGACGGAUACCGGCAUUACUCACUUCCGAGCGGGUAUGUCACAUGACGAGGAGACCCUCAUUCCUAACAUCUUCCGAUACAUCAUUCCAUGGGAGGCCGAAUUCAUCGACUCUCAGCGAGUCUGGAUGGAAUAUUCUCAGAAGCGGAUGGAAGCUCAGCAGCAGAAUCGCCGUCUGACUUUGGAGGACUUGGAAGAUAGCUGGGAUCGCGGUCUCCCUCGUAUCAACACUCUUUUCCAAAAGGACCGAAGCACACUCAGCUUCGACAAAGGUUUCCGUCUCAGAGCUGAGUUCAAGCAGUACCAGCUGAUGAAGAGCAAUCCAUUCUGGUGGACAAGUCAACGUCAUGACGGUAAACUCUGGAACUUGAACGCCUACCGCACAGAUGUCAUCCAAGCACUUGGUGGUGUCGAGACAAUUCUCGAGCACACCUUGUUCAAGGCAACUGCUUUUCCAUCUUGGGAGGGUCUCUUCUGGGAGAGAGCGUGUCUUGCCAAGGGAACACGGCUGCUACGGUACGACGGUAGCGAAAUUGAGGUCCAGGAUGUUAAAGAGGGAGACCUACUUCUUGGUCCUGACGGCGGUCCUCGCCGCGCUUUCAACAUUGUGAGUGGUGAAGACCGUCUCUACCGUAUUAAGAUCGGUGGAAGCAAAGAGGAUCUUGUGGUUACGCCAAACCAUAUUCUGGUUCUUCAUCGGGAGAAGAAAGCCAGGAACGUGUAUACUGGACCAUCCAUCCAGGGUCAUACCCAACGUUUUGAAAACCGGCUUGGUGACCUUCCGAUUCUAAGUUCCAGCCCUGCGGCCGCCCAUCGACCGAACAACCUCGUAAAGAACCGUGGGGAUUUCUGGUCUGCGUUGAAGAGUGCUAUCGCUUGGAUUCUCCAUGCCGAACGUAAUUCGACCGGCGCCAAAAAGCUGCGGAAUGUCCUCAAUGGUACUGUUGGUCUUACCGCUCAUGAAGAGAACUAUUCCGUCACCAAUCCUCAGCGGAAAGGCGUCUACUUCACUUACGCGUGGGGAAACCCUCAACGAACGAAUAUCAAGGGCCAUCCAGACCACCCACCCGUUUUCCUUCCAACUAAGGAGGAUGCUUUCUCUGCUGCAAUUGCGAAGAGCCGUGAACUCUAUUCGCAAGGUGAGGUUACGCUGGCUACACUUCGUCAGCGGUUCCUUGCCAAGUCUGCUGAUGGGAAAGGCGGAGAGAUUCGGGUCGACAGCAACUUGCCAAACAUAUUCCUUUUGUGGAACAAGAACAGGUCCAACCUCAAGUUUCGUGUGUUUUGUUCCCGGGACUACGAGAAAUACGGACGUGCAUAUACGUUCGAGUCAAUGCCAAGCACGAACGCUGAGGCACCAGGAAAUGGAGACCAGGAUGACGAGCUGCCUGAGGUUUCAGCAGCAGAACGCUACGACACCGUUGAAAUGACGGCAGCUGAGUUCGCUGCCCUUAGUGCUGAAGAACGGAGUCGGUAUCGCGUGUUCAGAAGUCCUGGCUUCGAGUUGCCUGAGCAGGCAGUGCCGGUAAACCCAUAUUUCCUGGGGCUUUGGCUUGGCGAUGGGAACCGUAGGCAGACCACUAUCUACAGUAAUCAUGAAGAGACGGUUCGUGAGUUCCUCGUGAACCAUGCUGCUGAAUUGGAUAUGCACCUCGUAUGGCACGGUGGAUUGAAGUAUGCGACUGUCGCCAACCCUACAUCUUUGAUCCGUCAGCUCCCACCCGCCAAUCCGGACACCAUUGACCACCGUCCGGUUGUUCGUCAAGCGAGACAGACCAUUCGGAAGCUACGGCUUGCUGCUAGGAAUAUCGCACAGCCUGAACUGGUACUACCUACGUCCCCAUGUCCAGAGUCGCAGGCGCAACCAAAGCGAGAGUUGCCUUCGAGUACCGAAACCACCCCCCGUCGAAAGCGUCAGCCUUUGUCCGAAUCAUUGGCGGUGACUACCUUGAGACCUCCUGUGGCUCGGUCCGCUUCAGCUUUGACCUCCUCUGGUAAUGCGUCAGGAGCGUCAACUCCGCUUUCCUAUGAGGUUCCUUCAGUUGCUCUCCGAUCAGAGGCCGAAGCCUCGAGCAUCUCGGUUGUUCCUGAUUCGAUGGCCGGACAUUCCGAACUGGAUGUCGGCGACACGAACUCUGAUGUCGUUCCUGAGUCCAUUUCGGACGACGUCGCCGAUUUUGGCCUUGAUGGAAUUCCUGAGCUCAUUUCUAGCGGUUUCUCAGAGCUUACCACCGAUUCUGAACUUAUGCGGUUGAUCGAACAGGCAGAGCAGUCUGAAGAGCCCAUGCCAAGCCAAGGUUCGACGGAAAAGCCAAGCCAAGGUUCGAUGGCAAAACCAAGCCAAGGUUCGAUGGUAGGACCAAGCCAAGAUUCGAUGGUAGAACCAAGCCAAGGUUCGAUGGUAGAACAGGAUCCUGAUCUCGACCUACUCGAAACCGAUAGUGAGGAUGAGGAAGCCGACGACGAUGAGGAUGAGUUGGAAAACCCCGAUACUGAAGGAUUUCGGCCGGAGCCGGAAAGCCAGCUAUCCCAGUGCCAUUUAUCCAAUCGUCGUCGGAACCACCGCUUGCGAACGGGUCGUCGAGCAUAUGGAGAUUUGACUGGCGAGGAGGAAGAUGAACUUCUUGAUAACAUUGUGGAACAACCAGAGUCUGGAGGUAGCCGUGUUAACUCACUCCGCAAGGCACUCCAAGACUUGGGGGUUAUUACUCUGCCAGGAUUAGGCCCUGAAACAGACCAGAAGCAUAUCCCAUCGAUCUACAUGAAGAACUCUCGGUCGGUCCGUCUGGCCGUUCUCGCAGGACUCAUCGACAGUGACGGUUGGUAUGUGUAUCCAGAGAAUAUGCUUGGCUUCGCCCAGAGUGAGCGUUGGCAUUCCAAGCUCUUCUGGGACGUUGUCGCUCUGGCACGUUCUCUAGGCCUCAGUGUCUGGACGACACGGCGCAUGAUGUGGGACCCUGCUCAUACGACAAAGUUUCCCGUGCUGUUUGCCCAGAUCUUUGGGAACGUGGCCGAGGUUCCAUGUCUCCUUGCACGGAAGAAAGGCGUCGAACGUUUGAUGCCCCAAACCCAUAGUUUCAUGAUCAAAGAUAUUUCCCUUGAACCGCAGACCACGGAGUGGGCUGGUUUUAGAGUCGACAAAGAUCAGCUUUACCUGCGACAUGAUUACCUUGUCUUGCAUAACAGUGGAUUUGAAGAGUCGAUGAAGUUUAAGAAGCUUACCAAUGCUCAGCGGUCUGGUUUGAACCAGAUUCCUAACCGUCGAUUCACCCUAUGGUGGUCUCCCACGAUCAACCGUGCCAACGUUUAUGUCGGUUUCCAGGUGCAGCUUGAUCUUACAGGUAUCUUCUUGCACGGCAAGAUCCCGACUUUGAAGAUUUCCUUGAUUCAGAUCUUCCGUGCGCACUUGUGGCAGAAGAUCCACGAAUCCGUUGUCAUGGACCUGUGCCAGGUGUUUGAUCAGGAACUCGAGCAGUUGGGCAUCGAAGCUGUCCAGAAGGAGACUAUCCACCCACGUAAGUCUUACAAGAUGAACAGUUCGUGCGCAGACAUCCUGCUCUUCGCAACAAACAAGUGGAACGUGACUAGACCGUCCAUUUUGUUCGACACCAAAGACGUCUACGAGCCGACCACGACCAACAAGUUCUGGCUUGAUGUGCAGUUGAGAUACGGCGAUUACGAUUCUCACGAUAUCGAGAGAUAUGUCCGCGCCAAGUACCUCGACUACACUACCGAUAGCAUGAGUAUCUAUCCUUCCGCCACUGGUCUCAUGAUCGGUAUUGAUCUUGCAUACAACCUCUACUCGGCCUACGGGCAGUACUUCCCAGGCUUGAAGACUCUCAUCCAGCAGGCCAUGGCCAAGAUCAUGAAGGCAAACCCUGCCUUGUACGUACUAAGAGAGCGUAUUCGAAAGGGUCUGCAGCUGUAUGCGUCUGAAAGCAACCAAGAGUUCCUCAACUCUCAGAACUACUCCGAGCUGUUCAGUCCGCAGAUUCAACUGUUCAUUGACGAUACCAAUGUCUACCGUGUCACCAUUCACAAGACCUUCGAAGGCAACUUGACCACAAAGCCCAUCAACGGUGCCAUCUUCAUCUUCAACCCUCGGACUGGUCAAUUGUUCCUCAAGAUCAUUCACACUAGCGUUUGGGCUGGUCAGAAGCGUCUUGGCCAAUUGGCGAAGUGGAAGACAGCCGAAGAAGUUGCAGCACUCAUUCGGUCUCUGCCUGUGGAAGAACAGCCUAAGCAGCUCAUUGUCACUCGGAAAGGUCUUCUGGAUCCCCUUGAAGUCCAUCUGCUCGACUUCCCCAACAUCUCCAUCCGUGCCUCUGAGCUCCAGCUGCCCUUCCAGGCUGCCAUGAAGGUCGAGAAGCUGGCAGAUAUGAUUCUGCGGGCAACCGAGCCACAAAUGGUACUCUUCAACCUCUACGAUGAAUGGCUCAAGUCCAUAUCUCCGUAUACCGCCUUUUCCCGACUGAUUCUUAUUCUGCGAGCUCUGCACGUCAAUAUCGACAAGGCCAAGAUCAUCUUGAGACCUGACAAGACGGUAAUUACACAAGAGCAUCACAUCUGGCCUACGCUAUCGGACGAGGAUUGGAUCAAGGUUGAAGUCCAACUUCGUGACUUGAUUCUGAACGAUUAUGGAAAGAAGAACAACGUGAACGUGCAGAGCUUGACGAGCAGCGAAGUCCGAGACAUUAUCCUUGGUAUGGAGAUUAGUGCGCCCUCACUUCAGCGGCAGCAGGCCGCAGAAAUUGAGAAGCAGCAGGAGGAAGCGAAGCAGCUCACAGCUGUCACGACGAAGACGCAGAAUGUUCGCGGUGAAGAAAUCAUCGUCACGACCACGUCUCAAUACGAACAGCAGUCGUUUGCUUCGAAGACCGAAUGGCGCACACGGGCAAUUGCGACAUCGAAUCUUCGCACGAGGGCCAAUAAUAUCUACAUUUCGUCAGAUGAUGUCUCAGAGGAAGGUUACACUUAUAUCAUGCCCAAGAACAUCCUUCGUCGCUUCAUCACCAUUGCCGAUCUUCGAGUGCAGGUUGCUGGGUAUCUCUACGGUAGCUCUCCUCCCGAUAACAACCAAGUGAAGGAGAUACGAACCAUUGUCAUGAUCCCGCAAGUCGGAAAUACUCGAGAUGUUCAGUUGCCCCAACAGUUGCCACAGCAUGAGUAUCUGAAUGGGCUUGAGCCUCUCGGUAUCAUCCACACGAUCUCUGGCAAUGAGCCACAUUACAUGACCGCUAUGGAUGUGACUCAGCAUGCACGGUUGAUGAAUGCUCACCCCUCGUGGGACAAGAAGACCGUCACGAUGACCGUGUCGUUCACCCCUGGAUCAGUUUCCCUUGCAGCAUGGGGACUGACGCCCCAGGGUUACAAGUGGGGAGCUGAGAACAAAGACACCACAUCUGACCAACCACAAGGGUUCUCGACCAGCCUGGGUCAGAAAUGCCAACUGCUGCUCAGCGACAAGAUUCGUGGAUACUUCCUGGUCCCUGAAGAUAACGUGUGGAACUAUAGCUUCAUGGGAAGCUCGUUCGGCAGCGUCGAAAAGCGACCUGUCUAUGUCAAGAUUGAUACACCUUUGAGAUUUUAUGACGACCAACAUCGUCCUUUGCACUUCCAGAACUUUGCUGAACUCGAGGACAUUUGGGUUGAUCGUUCCGAUAAUUUCGCUUAAAGCAAGUCUGGUGUUGGAUUCCCUUUUACUCUUUUAUAUUGUCUUAUUGUCCCUGAUCUCUAGGCGUUUUCCCCUUCUUGCAAUCUUCCACAAGCAUGACCGACGAGUUUGCUUUUCCCAUCGAUGUGUUCUUUUUUAGGGCGACAUAAUUCGAGCCAUGGCCAGAAAAGCGAGGAACGAUCAUCUUUAUGCGAUGCAGACUACAACUUGAAAUGAAUACUGGGGCCUUGUAUGUAUGUACAGUAGUUAGUACAAUCAUCAGUUGUUUGAUUAAU